CUACCGGUCCCCUUUAUUUAUUUUUUAUUUUAAUUUAAUUCUUCUUCAAUCCAGAAAGAGAAGCAAAUCUUUACAAAUUACAAAUAUCACCCAAAACCCUUUUGCUUCAGUUUACGACAGCUCUGGAUCCACCCUCAUGGCUUCCAAUGGUGCUUCCGCGACAGUGGCCGCGGAUACAGAGAAGAGCUUGGAGAAGAUCAAGAGGCAGUUAGCUUCUGGUUCUGGCAGAACUUUGCUGCAGGGGCCACUUCUCAAGCGAUCUGAAACUCUAAGAAAAUGGAAUGAGCGUUGGGUAAUCUUGGACCCGACAACGGGGAGGAUGGAGUACAAGACAAGGAGGAAUGAACCAACUAUAAAGGGGACCAUAAUAUUUGAUGCAAAUAGCACAAUUACUGUAUCUCCUGUGAAUUUCCAUGGACUGCCAAAGUAUGAUGGAUGUUGUAUCUAUAUUGGGACACCGCAGAAAAACGAUUAUUUUCUCUGUGCGGAGACUCCUGGCGCAGCUAGAGCUUGGGUGUCAACUUUGCAUGCAACUCAGUUGGUUCUAAAAGCCCAUAAGGAGGCUGUGAAUUCCUUAAGUGGCAACGGUUCUGCAAAAUUAGGAACUGUUGCAACAGUUGUUGCUGCAGCCAAUUCAACAGCCAUGGAGAGUUCCAAAGAAAUUGAAUCAGCAAUGCAGGUUUCUCUGCGAAAUGCUCUGGGGAUGAUAACAAAUAAGACUCCUGACGGUCCUUUGGAUGAUAUGACAAUUAUGAAGGAAACACUGAGAGUUAAGGAUGAGGAGCUACAGAAUUUGGCUCGAGACCUCCGUGCCCGUGAUUCAACAAUAAAUGAUAUAUCAGAGAAACUGACUGAGACUGCUGAAGCUGCCGGGGCAGCAGCAUCAGCUGCUUAUACUAUGGAUGAGCAGCGGAGAAUCGCAUUUGCUGAAAUUGAGCGUUUGAAAAAGGAUUCAGAGAAGCAUCAGGAGGUGUAUGCGCAGAAGCUGAAAGAGUCUGAAGAAAAGAUUAUGAGCUUGAGCAAGGAAAGAGAGCAAUUAAUCAAUCAGAGAGAUGAAGCUAUUCGGGAAGCAAAUAUGUGGCGCUCUGAGUUGGGGAAAGCUCGAGAGCAUGAUGUGAUCUUAGAAGCUUCUGUUGUAAGGGCAGAAGAGAAGGUUAGGGUUGCCGAGUCAAAUGCUGAAGCUAGGAUAAAGGAAGCUGUGCAGAGAGAAUCAGAAACCGUAAAAGAGAAGCAGGAGCUUCUUGCUUAUGUCAACAUGUUAAAAGCACAACUUCAAAGACAACACAUUGAUACAACUCAAGUUUUUGAGAAGACAGAGUCUUGCUCAGACAUGAAGCAUGUUGAUCAAACAGAAGAGAAUGUGGAUAAAGCUUGCUUAAGUGUUUCCAGAGCAGUUCCUGUCCCUGCAGAGAGUGUAGUUCACAUGGCAACAGAUCAGGUGAACGUCCGACCAGUCGGAGACAACGAAUGGAGCGAUAUUCAGGCAACUGAGGCAAGGGUAGCUGAUGUAAGGGAAGUAUCGUCUGAAGCUGUAGGAAACAGCUUGGAUAUUCCGGUGGUUAGUCAACCUGGCUCUGAUCAUCACGAACAAGGAUCAAACUCUUUCCAUCAGCCCUGAUCCCAAAUCUUUGGCCAUAUAGAAUUUUUCUCCCGGGGGGAAUUGUAAUUAUACCAUUUUAUUUGUAUGUGAAUGUAAACUUAUUUGAUUUCAUUUUCCUGGUUCCCUAAUAUGGCCUGCCCUGGCGAAGGGUAUCUUUUCUACCAUACAACGAGCUGGCCUCUUGUAAACUUCCACAGUGAUGUGUAAAGUUUGAUCUAACCCAGCAAGUUCGUUCCCAGAGGCUUGUGGGAAAUAAAUAAUUUACUCCAAUGUCAGCUUAAAAUCAUCAAA